UGGUGGGAAGGGGGUGCCCCCACCUAGGGGUGCCUGCCAUCGCGCCAUCCGCGCGCGCCCCCCCUCUCCGUGCCAGCCGAAGCUCUCCAUGUCCCCGCACGACUGAUCCGGCGCACCUCGGAGCUGGGAGAGGGGGAGGCUGGACGAAAACACCCCCCCCCCGUAGCGCCACCUUCCGCCGCCGUCCCCCCCCGGAACGAAGCCGUCCCUGCAGGACCUUGGACAGAAGACGCGCCGUCGGCCGAGGGAGCGCGCACUGCGGUCUGAACUGAAGCUGUAAGACUGCGGCACAGGGGUGCUUGAAACAGAGACCGCUGCCCAUACCCAGCCAGCUGUUCCAUUCGCCUCCCUCCCUCCUCUGCUGCUUGCGCCAUGGGUACCGUCUUGUCCCUUUCCCCCAGUUACCGGAAGGCGACCCUCUUUGAUGAUGGCUCGUCCACGGUGGGACAGUACACGGCCGUGCAGAACAGCAAGAACGCCAAGGACAAGAGUCUCAAGCGCCACUCCAUCAUCUCGGUGCUGCCCUGGAAGCGCAUCGUGGCCGUGUCGGCCAAGAAGAAGAACUCCAAGAAGGUGCAGCCCAACAGCAGCUACCAGAACAACGUCACGCACCUCAACAACGAGAACCUGAAGAAGUCCCUCUCGUGUGCCAACCUCUCCACUUUUGCCCAGACCCAGGGCGCCCAGCCGCCGGCGCCCAACAACCAGAUUUCCACCUCCAAGAGCAACCUCUCCUCCGUCAAGAAGACCCCCCACCCCAACAACACCAACUCGACUGGCACCCCCAAGAGGGUCAUUGUCCAAGCUUCGACCAGCGAGCUGCUUCGGUGCCUGGGCGAGUUCCUCUGCCGGCGAUGCUACCGGCUGAAGCACCUAUCGCCCACUGACCCGGUCCUCUGGCUUCGGAGUGUCGACCGGUCGCUGCUCCUACAAGGCUGGCAAGACCAAGGCUUCAUCACCCCGGCCAACGUGGUGUUCCUGUACAUGCUUUGCCGGGACGUCAUCUCUUCCGAAGUGGCCACGGACCAUGAACUCCAAGCUGUCUUGCUCACCUGCCUCUAUCUCUCCUAUUCCUACAUGGGCAACGAGAUCUCCUACCCUCUCAAGCCCUUCCUGGUGGAGAGCUGCAAGGAGGCCUUCUGGGAUCGCUGCCUGUCCAUUAUUAACCUCAUGAGCCCCAAAAUGUUGCAGAUCAACGCCGACCCGCACUAUUUCACUCAGGUCUUUGCCGACCUGAAGAACGAGAGCAGCCAGGAAGAGAAGAACAGGCUGCUCAUUGGCCUGGACCGGUGAGCUUCCGGGCUCCCUUGCCGCUGGGAUGAGGGGGGAACAUUUUUUCCUUCUUUUUAUGUUGUUUUUGUUUUCGAAACAAACCGGGACACAAAAGGUGGGCAUGGGCAAGCCUGAGAGAGGACACUUGAGCCUCCGUUCUUCUCCACCGCGAUUGGCUUGGCUUUUUGGGAUCCAAAACACAGACACAUUUCGGAAAGGAGAAGCGGUGACGUCAGGGCUUGCCUGCCUGGUUUUCUGUGGCUUCCUCUCGCCCUUAAUGUCAACAAGGAGGGGGCGAGCAGGUGGGGCCUAGAGCCAAGUGCAACGCUGGCAAGACCGCAGCGUCCCUUCGGCGCUUGGCUUUUGCCUUGGAGAUCCUCAGCCGGGGAGGGGAGAUCCACCUUGCACUUCUUAAUUCCUCGCCGUGGAUUGCGGAGGUGGCUAAAUAGCAUUUACUGUCCUCGAGACGAUAAGCGGGAGGCAACCCAGUGCAUUUUGCAGAGCCUGGCGUUCUGGAAAAGGGAUCAAAGGACGGGAUCCGCCUCCUCUUUUUCUUUCCACCAUCUUGCGCACUCGCCUGAUCGAAAUGACACCAAAUCAGUAUUGGCCUCUGGAAAGGGGACCCUUAUUGCAUGAAAGCACGUGGCUACACUCCAGCAGAAGUGGGGAAGCAAAAGACAGGCAUAUCGCAGGCCCUUUGGGGUGUGUCUCCCCUCUCGCCGCCUUUCCCUGGGGGAGGCAGCCCCUUUGGUUUACAUCCGUGCCAAAGGGCAAAGGUGAGAUUUUGGGGGUCAUUUCCUGUGACAGUACCCAAGGAAAAAGGAAAGCCGAUGUAGCCAAUAUGGAAUGGGUGGCCGAGAUUAAAGAUGGCCUCAGGAAAUGGGCACUCAACUCACCUAGUAUUAAUUUUGCUGGCAAGUUAUUUAGGUGGACGUUUGAUACAUUUUGAGUUUUGUUUUUUAUUGCACAGUAUUUAAACUGGCUGCUUCAGAUCAGAGUGACUAUGAUUCUGUUUGAGGCCUUCUGAGCAGCUGGAAUAAUGGUCCCUUUUCAAGAUAAACCUUUUCAGGAAAAUGUAAGGCUGGUGCCAGUCGAUUUGUUGUCCAGAUGAUUUGGUGCUGAACCCCGAUAUACAGCUGAUAUUCUUUGUUACAGAUUCCUCCCACCCCAUCCUGAAAUGGAAAAUCCCUUGUCAUUUAUUUAGCCAGCCAACCAUCUUAAUAUUUUAUGAGG